UAUUUAUCGUUUAGAUUGUAAACGUUAAAGGUAUCACAGUCAAACAUUAAUCAUGUGUGAAGACGAUAUUGCUGCUUUGGUCAUUGAUAAUGGAUCCGGUAUGUGCAAGGCUGGCUUUGCCGGCGAUGAUGCCCCAAGAGCUGUUUUCCCAUCGAUUGUUGGCCGUCCCCGUCAUCAAGGUGUUAUGGUAGGCAUGGGACAAAAAGACUCCUACGUUGGAGAUGAAGCUCAAUCAAAGAGAGGAAUCCUCACUUUGAAAUAUCCAAUUGAACACGGUAUUGUUACCAACUGGGAUGAUAUGGAGAAGAUCUGGCAUCAUACUUUCUAUAAUGAACUUAGAGUAGCACCCGAAGAACACCCAGUCCUUUUGACUGAAGCCCCUCUUAACCCAAAAGCUAAUAGAGAAAAAAUGACACAAAUUAUGUUCGAAACUUUCAACACCCCAGCCAUGUAUGUUAACAUCCAAGCCGUUUUGUCUUUAUACGCUUCCGGUAGAACAACCGGUAUUGUUCUUGAUUCUGGUGAUGGUGUUACCCACACUGUCCCAAUCUAUGAAGGUUACGCUCUGCCCCAUGCCAUUCUUCGUAUUGAUUUGGCUGGUAGGGAUUUGACCGAUUACCUUAUGAAAAUUCUCACCGAGAGAGGCUACACCUUUACCACCACCGCCGAAAGAGAAAUCGUUAGAGAUAUUAAGGAAAAACUCUGUUAUGUUGCUUUGGACUUUGAACAAGAAAUGGCCACUGCUGCCAGUUCAUCAACCCUUGAAAAAUCUUACGAAUUACCUGAUGGCCAAGUUAUUACAAUUGGAAAUGAAAGAUUCCGUUGCCCCGAGGCACUUUUCCAACCAUCUUUCCUUGGUAUGGAAACUGCUGGUAUCCACGAAACAACAUACAACUCCAUAAUGAAGUGUGAUGUCGAUAUCCGUAAAGAUUUGUACGCAAAUAUCGUUUUAUCUGGUGGUACUACUAUGUAUCCAGGAAUUGCUGAUAGAAUGCAAAAGGAAAUCACUUCAUUGGCCCCAAGCACAAUGAAAAUUAAGAUUAUCGCUCCUCCAGAGAGAAAGUACUCUGUUUGGAUUGGAGGAUCUAUCCUUGCAUCCUUGUCUACUUUCCAACAAAUGUGGAUCAGCAAACAAGAAUAUGAUGAAUCUGGACCAUCCAUCGUUCACAGAAAGUGCUUCUAG